AUGCAUUUAAAAAAGAAUAAUGACUUGAAUCAUGCGAUAUCAGUGCCUCUAAUGGCCCACGACUCCAUCUAUCCUUCCAAUGACUUUCCAGAGAAGUCACCAUCCGAAAACGACUUCCCGGUCAACAAACGAGACAAUGAUAUUGACACCGAGCAAGCCUACCCCAUAACACGUACCGAGAUAGAAGCUCCUCCAGACGACGGUUACGGCUGGAUCUACGUACUCUGUGUAUUUUUGAUCAAUGCCCACAUGUGGGGAAUCAAUAGCGUAAGACCUCUUCGUCUUCAGACAACGCUCCAUUUACUGAUUCAAUAUCAUAAUAACCAGUCCUACGGAAUCUUUCCCGCUCACUACCUAGAAACCAACACAUUCCCAGGAGCCAGCGAUUUAGAUUUCGCAUUUGUAGGCGGUCUUUCCCUCAGCAUGGCCCAAUUUAUCGCGCCCGUUGCCACAAUCACCACGCGAGAAUGGGGGGCUCGGACCACCUUAACAAUAGGAAUUAUAUUGCAAACCGCAGCAUUAUUAGGCGCGUCAUGGUCGACUGAAAUUUGGCAGUUAUUUUUGAGCCAGGGCGUGUGUUUUGGUUUUGAGAUGGGAAUGCAGUUUAGUGCUACUGUUGGUAUGAUCCCUCAGUGGUCUGAUCGUCGGCGCUCUCUUGCAAAUGGUAUUUGGACGACGCGGUCGGGAAUUAGAGGGCUCAUACAUUCGUUGGCUUCCAGCGCGCUCAUUCAGAGAUGGGGUACUGGUUGGGCGUGUCGAGUUCUGGCUAUAGCAUCAGCUUUUUCGUGUGGCUUUUCAACUAUCAUCAUAAAAGAUCGAAACAAGGCCAUUGGAGCUGUUCAAAUAGCCUCUCAUACCAGUCUUCUGAAAAGACCAGAGUUUUUACUCACUUUAUCCUGGGGCAGUUUGAGCGUCUUGGGUUAUGUGGCUCUUGUUUCUCAAUACCCGCCUACGCAAACACGGUGGGCCUUACCGUAUCUCAAGGGUCGAUUCUUGGUGCUAUGUUUAAUCUUGGAGGAGGCCUUGGCGGACCCGUUAUAG